AUGGACGGGCGAGAAGAAGAUGAGUUGACCAUCCAGAUCCCGCCGCACGAUGGCUCGCAGACCGAGAGGACGCGAGGCACCUUUGGCGGCAGGCAGCGCUGGCUGUCGGCCACGGGGGUCGAGUCAAAGGCGACGUCCGACGCCAAGGCCACGGAAUCGAUGCUCUCCCCGCGGCGAGGACUUAAUAAAAUGAAGGUGACAGCGCCGUCGGUGCAGCCGUACUUGUCGUCUCUGGGCAUCGCCGUGGGGGACGAAACGCACAUUGUGGAGAAGGAGGUCGAUGAGGUUGCUAGUCUGCGACGGGAGCACGACACGGUCAAGAAUGCUAAUUGGCGCAAGGAGAAGGAGAUCAAGAAACUUGAGGAGGAGGUGGAGAAUAUGACGAUGACUCUCCAUGGCCGCAUGGCCGACAACUCGCAAACGAAGUCACAAAUGUCUAACAUCGAGAACAAGUCCGCGCUUUACGAGUCCAAGCUCGAGGAAGAGUUGACGGAUCGCGGAGUGUACAACCACAUGAUUCAACGCUUGUCACGAGAAGCACUGGAAGCGAAGAAGGCAACUCUGGCGAAGGAGAAGGCAUUGCAAGCUCUACGACAGGAGUUAACUUGCGCCAUGACUGGGCUGCUGGCUGUACGACAAGAAAAAUCGGCGGCUGAGAGUGCGUACAAGCAGCUCUAUACGGAGUGGUGGGAGAAAAAGCAGGCAAACAUCCGAGCGCUUGAUGAUCUUCAACACGCCGUGGAGCAGACCCGCCUGAAGUCGGAUAUUCUCGAGGCACGCGAGGUAUCACGUAAGAAGAAUGUACAGGCAGCUCUGGGGCAGCUCAAACAGAAGGAGUCGCGCCGCCUGCGCCGUGAAUCGUCUGCGCAGAUGACGCAUUUCUCCGAAAUCCAGGAAGAGCUUUCGGACACGGACCGGAAGCUGAUGCGUGUCGAGGCCGAGCUGAAGCAGAUCAUUGAGGCUGCUGGCACGAAUGAUGUCGACAAGAUUAUUUCCAAGUAUGUUGGCCGAGAGGAGACUCUGCGUGCACUUAAAGAAGAGCACACAGUUAGCGAUGCGCGCAUGAGGAAGCUUCGUGAACGACACAAGCAGCUGAACGAAACACUGAGUCACCUGCGCAGCGCAGCAGCCAACUCGCGAACGAUUUACCAGGAAAUGGAUCAGACAUCGGAGCGCCUCAAGGAGACUGAAAAGGAGGCUGCGUUGUUGGCGGAUAAGUGCAACCGCGCCAACGUCCUCAUGGACGCGUUUCGCGCGUGCAUGCUGAAAUGUCUUGCGAAGCUCAGCACGGUGCACGGCUCGUUGGAUUACGAUGACCAGCACGAACUCAGCCGGGCUAUGGAAACGCCAACACCCGACCUGCUCCAUCUCAUGGAACAGAAGCUUAAUCGCGUCCUGGAUGUCAUCAACCGCGAGAAGGCCGAGCGCGAACUGCACCGAUCCGAGACAACUCCAAAUUCCAACGGGUCUGGUUCAGGAUCAGUUCUCUUGGGCGGUGCUCCAACCAUCGACGACAAACCUGGGGUUCACCAGAGCUCUGUACGCGCCCCUGCACCAUCCGAGACGGAAGAGCACUUCAUUUUACGCAUGGCGUCCACUACGGCUUCACCAGCCAACGUUCGGGUUCGGCCCAAGUCACGCUCCAGUGUUGUUAGGUCCUCGUUUCUUGGCCCUCCUCCCGAAGAGCUCAAGAUCUCUUCGACUAGACGUGCUAACCACACAUCUGUCCACGAUGUUGUUAGCGGCGGCGGCACUCACAACAAUGACGAGGCCGAGGAUGGCACGAACGGAGGAGCAACCGUAGUAGACUUAGGAGAUGACGAAACGGUUAUCGACCGGCACAUGCGCAAGAAAUUGGUGGGACUUAUUGUGAACCGCGGCAAACGCGGCAAAAAGCCAUCAGCGCAGCCACAAACAAGUCCACUACAUUAG